UUAAAUUACAAGCGUACCCAAACUGUAGUAUUGGAGUAGAUUCAGAGUUGAAAAGGGUUGUUUUGGAAAAAAUUCAUCCAAAAAAUCAUGGCAUCUUUAAUUCAAUAUUUUAAGUCGAUCCCAACUCAUAUGGAUUAUGAUGGCCAAGCAAGAGCAGAAAAAUUAUCGAGAAUUAUUGUAACUCUUUUUGGAGCUGUAGGUUUUAUUUGGGGCUUUAUAAUACAAGAAUUUUCUCAGUCAUUAUAUAUUCUGGGAGCUGGAUGUUUGAUGGCAAUGAUCAUCACUGUUCCUCCUUGGCCAAUGUACAGGAGAAAACCAUUAGAUUGGCAAAAACCACAGAGUGAAGCUGCUCCAAAAAAUAAAAAGAAAAAACAAUAAUGAAAUAUUAAUAUCCAACAUCUUAAUUAAUGCCAAUAAAUCUUCAAACAUUUACCUGUGAUUUUCUGAGCUAUUGAAAGUUUGUCAUAAAUCAUUCUAUAAAUAGGUUCAUCUUAUUUAAAAGAUAUAAAAAUUACCAUUAUUUAUAUUGUUUUGUAAACAAAGUAAAAAUAGUCAGCAGAAAAUGAUAUUUAAUUACAGAUACAGUAAUGUAAAAUCAAGAGGCUCAUAGCAAAGAAAUCUUUCGGUGGUAUAAAUUCAUUAUCUUUAUUAUUAUAAUUUACAUUUUAUUUUGCUUUUUUCUAAUCAUUUUGUAUAAUUUAUAAAUUAAUAUAUAUUUUGUUUAUAUAAGUU